AGUCCAAGGAGGAAGUGGUUAAAGAGAAGGAGCUGGACUCGAUCGCCGCCCCGUUCUUUUUCAAUCUAUAAAAAAGUAAAAGUAAAAAAGGAGAGGGUGGAGUGCAUGCGUGUACGAAGCCGAGGCAGGCAGGGAAGAAGAUAUUUGCCAGGUUAUUUAAGCUUUGUGUCUCUCAACUGCGGUUGGCGUUUUGAGGGGAGAGUCAGAGGAGGGAGGAGAAAAAAUCAACCAUCGGCCUCCCCCCUCCACCCUUGGACGCCUUUCUCUGGCAGCUUAGUCGCGGGGGGAAGCCUCGAGGAAGGGAGCUGAAGGCCAAGGAGGACUGAAGCCCCCACCCCGGUUGCCUUCUCCUCUGCUCCCUACGGCUCCAUCGCCUCGCAGCCCAGAGCGAGGAGAACUGCCGGCUUAAAGCCGCCUUCUCUCUUCCCAGCUGACAACAUGGCUGCGGCCGCUUCUGCUGCCCAAGACGAGCAGAAUCAGCUUGAACGUGUAUUUUUGCGUCUCGGCCAUGCAGAAACAGAUGAGCAAUUGCAGAAUAUUAUAUCCAAAUUCCUUCCCCCUGUUCUUUUGAAACUUUCGAGUACACAGGAAGGAGUGCGUAAAAAGGUUAUGGAAUUGCUAGUUCAUCUGAACAAACGAAUCAAAAGUCGCCCAAAAAUCCAACUUCCAGUGGAGACUUUAUUAGUACAAUAUCAAGAUCCUUCUGCGGUCUCCUUUGUUACAAAUUUUACAAUAAUAUAUGUUAAGAUGGGUUACCCUCGUUUGCCUGUGGAAAAGCAAUGUGAGCUGGCACCCACUCUUCUUACUGCAAUGGAAGGAAAACCUCAACCUCAGCAGGACAGCCUAAUGCACCUUCUAAUACCAACACUUUUUCACAUGAAAUAUCCUGUUGAACCUCUGAAAGCAGCUUCUCCGUUUAAUCUUGCUGAAAAACCAAAGACUGUACAACUGCUGUUGGAUUUUAUGUUGGAUGUUCUCCUCAUGCCUUAUGGAUAUGUGUUAAAUGAAUCCCAGAGUCGCCAGAAUGUACCAGUGGGCCAGGGUUCCUCUUCAUCAAGCACUUCUGGAGGAUCUGGGAUCCCUCAGCCUCCUCCGGGAAUGAGCUUUUAUGCAGCCAAGCGGGUAAUUGGAGACAGUCCGUGGACACCUGAGCAGCUGGAACAGUGUAAAUUGGGUAUUGUGAAGUUCAUCGAAGCUGAACAGGUGCCUGAACUUGAAGCUGUCAUACAUUUGAUUAUUGCAUCUAGUGAUACACGGCACAGUGUCGCUACUGCAGCAGAUCUUGAACUCAAAAGCAAGCAGAGUUUAAUUGACUGGAAUAACCCAGCCAUCAUCAACAAGCUGUACAAAGUUUACCUUGGGGAUAUACCACUAAAAACUAAGGAGGGAGCUGUUCUGAAACCAGAAUUGAAACGUGAUCCUGUCAGUACUCGGGUGAAGUUAAAGAUUGUCCCACAUCUUCUGCGUUCCAGGCAAGCUGCAGAAACCUUUCCUGCAAAUAUUCAGGUUGUUUAUGAUGGGCUUUUUGGUGCAAAUGCCAAUGCUAAACUGAGAACUCUCUCUCUUCAAUUUGUGCAUCAUAUUUGUGUAAUUUGCCCUGACAGCAAGAUAAAACCUUUAGGUCCGAUGCUUUUGAAUGGACUGACAAAACUGAUAAAUGAAUAUAAAGAGGAUCCCAAACUGCUUUCAAUGGCCUAUUCUGCUGUUGGAAAACUUUCCAGCCGAAUACCUCAACUGUUUACCAAGGAUCUUGCACUGGUCCAACAAUUUUUUGAAGCUCUUUCUAAGGAAGACCCUGAUACCAGACUAGCUAUUCAGGAAGCUCUAUCCAUGAUGGUUGGUGCAUACACCAGUUUAGAAGGAGCACCUCGUACUCUCAUGGAGGCACUUGUAGCCUCUAACCUAAUCAAGCCUCAAGUCCAAGUCCGCCAAGUAGCUGUAAAAUUUGCCAGCACAGUGUUUCCUUCUGAUCACAUUCCUUCACGAUACUUGCUACUUCUAGCUGCAGGAGAUCCGCGGGAAGAAGUACAUGGAGAAGCACAACGUGCUCUGAGAACAUUUCCUGGUAAAAAUGAAAAGGAAAGUGCUGAUAAACAGAUGCCUUCAUUCCCAGAAAUGGUUCAAUAUAUUCAAGAGAAGGCCUCUCACCGAAUGAAAACUCCUGCUAAAUAUAUGACUGGAACAACAGUAAUGCCUUUCAACCCAGCUACUUUUGGAGAGAUAGUGCUGUAUCUUCGGAUGUGUCUUGCUCACAGUGCUGGUGUGGUGCCUACUUCUCAGAGCUUAGCUGAUAUGCAAGAUCACGCUCCAGCCAUUGGCCGUUAUAUAAGAAACCUCCUCUCUGGAAAUGUUAUAACAUCUUCAUCCUCAAAGGGUGGUGAAAGCAAUCCUGUACAGAUCUAUAUAAGUCUCCUUCAGCAGUUGCUCUCUGGUGUUGGAGGUUUGCCAGUCAUGUACUGUUUGCUGGAAGUUGUUUCAGUCUAUCCUGAAAAGCUGGCUGCAAGAUUUAUAGACAAGAUGGAUUGGAUAAAGAAUCUUAUGAAUACUAAUAAGGAAGAAAUGCGGGAACUGGCUGCUCUAUUUUAUUCAGUUGUACUUUCGACAGUGUCAGAAAAUGAAUUCAAAACAUCUGUUCAGCACCUGAUAAAAACAGCAAAGGACAAUCAUAAUCUGGAAAUGCAACAUGGAUCAUUAUUGGCUCUGGGGUUCACAGUAGGACGGUAUUUGUCAAAAAGAAAAAUGAAAAUAAUAGAACUACAUGGUAUAGAAGACCGAAAUACCAUUGUAACACCGGAACAAGACCAGCUGAUAAAAUCAACAACAGAAACUAUAGGUUCUUUUUUGGAUAGUACAUCACCACUUCUAGCAAUAGCUGCAUGUACAGCACUGGGGGAAAUUGGCAGGAAUGCACCUUUGCCCAUCCCCAACGAAGGCAGUGGUUUUACAAAACUCCAUCUUGUUGAAAGUUUACUGGCCAGAAUUCCCUCUGGCAAAGAAACUAAUAAGAUGAAAGAAAGAGCUAUUCAAACACUGGGCUACUUUCCAGUAGGGGAUGGAGAUUUUCCUCAUCAGAAGCUACUCUUGCAAGGAUUAAUGGAUUCUGUAGAGGCCAAACAAAUUGAAUUACAGUUUACGGUUGGUGAAGCUAUUACCAGUGCUGCAAUAGGGACCAGUUCUGUAGCUGCCCGUGAUGCAUGGAUAGUAGCUGAAGAAGAGUAUACUGCUCCUAUUGAUGUGAAAAUUAAUGAUGUGGUUCCCUGGGUCCUGGACGUCAUUUUGAAUAAGCAUAUCAUAAGUCCCAACCCUCACAUAAGACAAGCAUCCUGUAUUUGGCUGUUAUCACUGGUGAAGAAGCUGAGUGCCCACAAAGAAAUUAAGUCACAUCUCAAAGAGAUUCAAACUGCAUUUGUAUCUACUUUGUCUGACACUGAUGAACUCAGUCAAGAUGUUGCUUCUAAAGGUCUUGGUUUGGUGUACGAGCUUGGAAAUGAACAAGAUCAACAGGAACUAGUUACUACACUUGUUGAAACUCUUAUGACUGGGAAAAGAGUCAAGCAUGAAGUGUCUGGGGAAACUGUGAUGUUCCAAGGCUCAGGCCUUGGCAAAACUCCAGAUGGCCAGGGUCUUUCUACUUACCAGGAGCUUUGUUCACUUGCAAGCGACCUCAACCAGCCAGAUUUGGUGUAUAAAUUUAUGAAUUUGGCCAAUCAUCAUGCAAUGUGGAAUUCUCGGAAGGGAGCAGCUUUUGGUUUUAAUGUGAUUGCUACCAAAGCUGGGGAACAGCUGGCUCCUUUUCUUCCUCAACUGCUUCCUCGUCUCUAUCGAUACCAGUUUGAUCCCAAUCUUGGCAUUCGACAGGCUAUGACCAGCAUUUGGAAUGCACUUGUUACAGAUAAAUCUGCUGUGGACAAAUACAUGAAAGAAAUUCUUGAUGAUUUAAUAAGCAACCUGACUAGCAAUAUGUGGCGAAUUCGAGAGUCAAGCUGUUUAGCACUGAAUGACUUGCUAAGAGGAAGACCUUUGGAUGAGAUUAUUCAUAAACUUCCAGAAAUAUGGGAAACACUCUUUAGAGUGCAAGAUGAUAUAAAGGAAUCUGUACGAAAGGCAGCAGAGUUAGCCCUGAAAACGCUAAGUAAGGUGUGUGUGAAGAUGUGUGACCCAUCUAAAGGAGUGGCAGGCCAGAAAAUCAUAGCUGUACUUUUGCCAUGUCUUCUUGAUAAAGGAAUGAUGAAUACGGUGACUGAAGUGCGGACCCUGAGCAUUAAUACCCUGGUGAAGAUCAGUAAAAGUGCUGGGGCCAUGCUAAAACCACAUGCACCAAAGCUCAUCCCAGCUUUGUUGGAAUCCCUGAGUGUUUUGGAGCCUCAGGUCCUCAACUACUUAAGCCUGCGUGCUACAGAGCAAGAAAAGGCUGCAAUGGAUACUGCAAGACUAAGUGCUGCUAAAUCCUCCCCAAUGAUGGAAACUAUAAAUAUGUGCUUGCAAUAUUUGGAUGUGUCUGUUUUGGGAGAGCUAAUUCCUAGGCUCUGUGAACUGACUAGAAGUGGAUUAGGCAUUGGCACCAAGGGUGGUUGUGCUAGUGUAAUUGUGUCACUAACUACUCAGUGCCCCCAAGAUUUGACACCAUAUGCUGGUAAACUCAUGAGUGCGUUACUUAGUGGCCUAACUGAUCGCAAUAGCGUGGUGCAAAAGAGCUUUGCAUUUGCCUUGGGACACUUAGUUAGAACUUCACGAGACAGCAGCACUGACAAAUUGCUUCAGAAGCUCAACAGUUGGUACAUGGAGAAGGAAGAACCAGUGUAUAAAAUGGCCUGUGCUUUAACUAUGCAUGCUAUUGGACGCUAUAGCCCAGAUGUAUUGAAGAAUCAAGCCAGGUGUAUUUUACCUCUGGCUUUUCUGGGCAUGCAUGAAGUUCCUGAAGAAGACAAAGGGGAGAAGGAGGAAAGCAACCUGUGGUGUGAGGUGUGGCAGGAAAAUAUACCUGGUACCUAUGGUGGCAUUAGGCUCUAUAUGGAGGAAUUGAUCGCAGUGACCCAGAAAGCUUUGCAGUCUCCGUCUUGGAAGAUGAAAGCACAAGGAGCAGCUACCAUGGCAUCCAUAGCAAAGCAGACUGGUGCUCUGGUACCUCCACACUUAGGCAUGGUGCUCACAGCUCUGGUGCAAGGUCUGCCUGGAAGAACAUGGGCUGGAAAGGAAGAGCUGUUAAAAGCAAUUGCCAGUGUCGUCUGUUCAUGCAGUGUGGAACUGCGCAAGCCUUUGCCCAAUCAGCCCAGUGUUGAUGAUGUUGUACAGGCAAUGUUGAAAGAAUGCCGCAAAGAAAACCUCCGGUACAAGAUUGUGGCGCUCCGGUGUAUGGCUGAUGUGCUUAAAGCCACCCAAGAAAAUAGGUUCCAGGAACUGACAGACAUAAUCUUUCCAGUAAUAAAGAAGAAUUGUCCUGAGAAUGUAGGAAAAAAUUCGUCACACAACAAACGAUGAGGAUGAGAACGAAAAUGAGAAAGAACUCCAAGUUGAAGCUCUCCUCUGUGCCUUUGAAAGUUAGGCAAGCCUGGCCUAAAAAC